AUGUAUCAGGGCAGCCAGAGACAUGUCUCGGGCGGUGAUCCCACGCGGUCAUUUCAAGUGCCGCCGCCGCCGCCCAUGUCUCCUCCCAUGGCUGGCCCUCCCAUGAACAGCAUCAUGAACAUACCGCCGCCGCCGCCCCUGCGGUAUCCGACCGCCGCGUCUGGCGGCUCCGGCGUCGUCCUGCCGCCUCCCCCCGGCCCGCCCCCUCCGAGCGCCCUCGCCCACCAGCAGUCGUGGCACGGCAACUACGGCCGCAUGUACGACGGCCGUCCCGGCAUCAGCCUGCCGCCGCCGCCCCCGACGGGCCAGCACCAGCCGUACAAUCCCAAGCUGCACGCGCAGAUGGCUGCCGGCCAGACCAUCGCCAUGCCCCCUCCGCCCCGCCCGAGCGACGCCAUGAGCAUGAGCGCCACCUACAUCCCGACCGGCGAGACGUACGGCGAGGGCGUCGGCAUCCCGGGCUUCGGCAUCGACUCGUCGUCAACGAUGCAUGCCUCGUGGCAGGCUGCCGCGACGCAGGCCGCGAUCGACGCGAACAACACGAUGAACCCCAUGGACGACGCCGCUGCGAGGGAUAGGUUCUAUGCCGCCCAGCAGAGGGGUUUGUCCAACGCCUCGAGCGCCGCCUCCGGUAGCACAAUAUCCCCAGAGCUCGCCGCCCAGUGGUCGCUCGACACCGUCCUGAUCUGGCUCGCGCAGAACCAGUUCUCCAAGGACUGGCAGGAGACUUUCAAGGGCCUGAACCUCCACGGCGCGCAGUUCCUCGAGCUCGGCAGCCUCCACGGCGGACGCGGCAACUUUGGCAUGAUGCACCAAAAGGUCUACCCCAGACUGGCCCAAGAAUGCAGCAACAGCGGCACGGGAUGGGAUCAGACGCGCGAGAGGGAGGAAGGCAAGCGGAUGCGGCGCCUCAUACGGAGCAUCGUCACCGGUAAGCCCGUCGACGCGUCCAAGAUGACGACCUCCCAUGGUCGCAACCAGUCCGUCAACGCCGGCCAUGCGAGCAGCCUCCCGAGCGCCGGCACCGAUCCCAACGACUCCCCCAACACUCUCCAAAGCUCGGCCGAGACGGGCUUCCUCUCGAGAAAAUUCUCCCAGACGCGGGCUACGACGAUGCCCACGCUCAACAACAGCACCAUGAGCUCAGACUCCGGGCACCGGCUGAACCUGCGGCUGAGCCCGAUCACCAACGACUUCGAGGGCAGCUUCUGGGGAACGUCGGCGCGGACAGAUAGCCCAAGCGCCAGCCCCGGCCCGCAACAGGCGCUGUUCCCGUCGGCGACGACCCCGGUGCUAUCGAGCUCGACGCCGGGAUCCGCCAAGUUCGGGCAUCGCUCGCGCAACAGCGCCGACUCAGUCUCGUCAAGCGCGGCCAUCUACGGCUCCGGCGUGCCUGCCGACGCGGCGGCCAUCCUGGGCCGGGGUUUGAACCUGAGCGAGGCUCUUGCCUCAGGGCGGCACCCCGAUGGUCGCGCGAAGCAGUCUCCACUUGAGGCGGGCGACCGGUCGGCCGGCACGGAGCCUCCGGCGUCGGCCAAGGACUCCAAGAGCUUCCUCAGCUUCCUGUCGCGCAAGAAGCGGCAGAAGGAAGACGAGUCCUUUGCGUCUCCUGAUGACUUUGACUCGCCAGACUCACCCGUGGCCGUGCUCAAGCCGUCGUCGCGUAGCGCCAACGGCGGCGACGGGCAUGUCGACCGGCCCGGCUCGAGCUUCGGCGCCCACGACAAGAACGACUUUGCCUCGCAUCAGCGGGCCAAGCGCGCCAGCGUCGUCCGGACAUAUGUGCUGGCCACCAUGGACCACUGGAACUACCGCAUGUGUGACAUUACCGAGGCGGAAUCAGCAGCGGAGAUCCGUCAGGUCAUCUGUGCGAACCUCGGCCUGAACAGCCACGGCCACUCCAUAAUCUACACCACCGAGCUUGGAAAGUUUGACCACACCGAGCCCCUCGACGACCAGCAGCUGCUCACCAACAAGCGGGUCAAGGCGGACUCGUCCGGGACACUCAAGUUCUUCGUCACCACAGCCUCCCCGACGACGCAGAGGAAUAGCGGGGUGCCAGCGUCGCUGUCUCCUGGAUACCUGCCUCCGGGCAUGGACGAGGAAGCCUACGCGCGACUCGAGAAUCGGCAGCGGUCGAGCUCGUCGCCACCUUCGUCGAGGUCGAACACCAUGUCUGGCAUCGACCAGAAGAGCUUGGAACAGGAGGCGACAGAGUACCGGGCGGAGAUUGAGCGCAAGCAGCGCGAGUAUCUGGAAAAGCGCAAGCAGGCGACCAAGAAAGGAAGCCCAACGGCGCCCGAGACGGCAGCCUUUGGCAUCGUGGGCCGCAACGUCGACUUUGACCAGCCGCGAAACUCACCCUUCGAGGACAAGAAGCCGGAGCAGCUCUUCCCCCAGAGGAAGCCGCCCGCACCGCCUAGUGACCCUUCCGCGACACUGAUCAAGGCCAACUCGCUGAGCAGGCGGUCUGGCCACUCCCUGCGGAUGUCCACCGGCAGUGCCGAUGGCUAUCCAUCGCCGCGCCAUCCUCAGACGAGCGGCGGCCCGGGAGACGAUUCGGCGGAUAGGAAGCCGAAGUUUGUUCCGCAGGGGUCCGUGGGCGGCAUCGGCGCUGCGCUUGUGGGCAUGGGCAGGAACCUGGGCGCCAUCGGACAGUCGACGGCCAACGCCCCGAGGAGUGCUUCGAGCCAAAACGUCUCGUCACCGGCGACCGUCUCCAGUGGCAGCAACCGGCACUCGGGCCAGCGCCCGUCAUCGCCAGGCGAUGUUAGCCCGGUAUCUACGCACUCCAAGGCCACGAAUUCCACGGAGGGCUCCUCCAAGCGCAAGUCGCAUGGCCCCGAUCUGGACUUUAAGGACACCGACGUCAGCUUCUCGAACGCUCCGCGGCCCUCGCGGCCGACGCAAAGGCCCCCGCCAGGCGACGACAGCGACGACUCCGACGACGGAUUGUUUGCCAUUCCGCUCGCGGGCAGGAACAAGGGCAAGGGUCCCGCGGGCGGCAGCAGGAGAUCGGGCGCGCCCGGCCAUGCCCAGCGUCCGAGCUUAACGGUCAACACCCGGCCUAGGAGCAAGCAGUUGUCGGUCUCGUUCACCUCGCCGCAGUCCCUCGAAAGUGCGGCCACUGGCGAGAGCAAUGAGGCAUUGUCCAGCGCGCGCACCGGGGUCGGCUCCCGAAGGACCCCAGCGACCCCGGGGUCCGAGGGCUGGGACUCGGAGGACAGCAAGAUCAACAGGCGCAAGUCCUUUAUUGAAAAGGACGUGUGGGCGAACCGUCCUCCCACUGACGACCUGCUCAACAACCUUGACGACUUCUUCCCCAACCUAGACCUGGAUCAACCCGUCCUUGAGGAAGGUUCGGGUGGCGACGCGACUGCAUCGCCGAGCGGGGACGCGGAAGAGGUUGGGGAUCAACGCAGCGCGGCCAUCCCCGCCGUACCACCUCUGCCAGCCAACACCGCCGCGACGGUCCCGGCGGCCGUUCCGCCAUCGCGGCAGCCGUCGCUGUACGGGGACGGAGACACGCUGGGCUCGGACGAGUCGACGCUCAAGGCCUCGGAGCGCACAAACGGUGGAGGGCAGUCGGUGGCCCAGAGGAGCCUGCGCCGGUCGGGAGGGUUAGGCCGAAUGAAGUCUAUCCGUGAGGUGGCCCGCGGCGCGCACGAGGCCAACAAGCGAUAUACGACGGCGUCACAGAACCUGGACAAGUCUAGCAUCAUGCGGCGCAAGAGCACCAAGAUGUUCAACGCCAACAUCGUGCAGAUCCGGCCGGACCAGCGGGGAAGCAUGGUGCUGCCGCAGAUACCGCAGGAUACGCUACCCAAGCGGCAGACGACGUUCAGGUGGUUCAAGGGCCAGCUGAUUGGCAAGGGCACUUACGGGCGCGUCUAUCUCGGCAUGAACGCCACGACCGGAGAGUUCCUGGCGGUCAAGGAGGUCGAGGUCAACCCCAAGGCCGCGGCAGGCGACAAGGCCAAGAUGCGAGAGAUGGUGGCGGCGCUCGACCAGGAGAUUGACACGAUGCAGCACCUGGACCACGUCAAUAUCGUGCAGUACCUGGGGUGCGAGCGCAAGGAGACGAGCAUCAGCAUCUUCCUCGAGUACAUUUCUGGUGGCAGCAUCGGAUCGUGCCUGCGCAAGCACGGCAAGUUUGAGGAGUCGGUGGUGUCGUCGCUCACGCGCCAGACUCUCUCCGGUCUGGCAUACCUGCACCGCGAGGGCAUUUUGCACCGGGACCUCAAGGCCGACAACAUCCUGCUGGACCUUGACGGCACAUGCAAGAUUAGCGAUUUCGGCAUCUCCAAGAAGACGGACAACAUCUACGGCAACGACAAGACCAACUCGAUGCAGGGCUCCGUGUUCUGGAUGGCGCCCGAGGUCAUCCGCUCCCAGGGCGAAGGCUACAGCGCCAAGGUGGACAUUUGGAGUCUCGGCUGCGUGGUGCUCGAAAUGUUUGCCGGCCGACGGCCGUGGAGCAAGGAGGAGGCGGUGGGCGCCAUCUACAAAAUUGCCAACGGCGAGACCCCGCCCAUCCCCGAGGACAUCCAGGAGACGAUUGGACCGCUGGCCGUGGCGUUUAUGAUGGAUUGCUUCCAGGUGAACCCGUUUGACCGCCCGACGGCGGACGUGCUGCUCUCGCAGCACCCGUUCUGCGACCUGGAUCCAAACUACAACUUUUACGACACAGCGCUGUAUCAGAAGAUUAAGCACGCGUACAACAAGCAGUAG